GUCAUACCUCAAGCUUCUUGCACAGUGUCUCAGUGUUGCAGCACAUUUAGUCUUGUCUCGCACCACACAAGACUCCAAACACUGAACCCUACGCGAGAGACUUGCCGAACAACAUCCUUGAGCGUGCAUUCAAGCCUAGCCAAAAUGCAGAUGCUGCAGCAGCGUGUGGUUAUGCGCCAGGCGCGCCCUGCGGCGCUGAAGCCUGUCCUGCCUGGUGCUCUGCGCACUCGCGCUGUCGUCGUGCGCGCCCAGCAGGAGCAGCAGACCGAGGUUGUGGCCUCCGGCAAGCGUGAUCUGAUUCGCAAUGCCAUCGCUGCCGCUGUCGCCGUGAUGCCCGUCAUGGCUGCCAAGGCCGAGGAUGCCGCUGGCGUGGCUUCGUCGCGCAUGUCCUACUCCCGCUUCCUGGAGUACCUGGAGAUGGGCCGUGUGAAGAAGGUUGACCUGUACGAGAACGGCACCAUUGCUAUUGUGGAGGCUGUGUCCCCCGAGCUGGGCAACCGCGUGCAGCGCGUGCGCGUGCAGCUGCCUGGCACCUCGCCCGAGCUGCUGGGCAAGUUCCGCGAGAAGAAGAUCGACUUCGCCGCCCACGCCAACACCGAGGACGGUGGCGCCGUGUUCCUGAACCUGCUGGGCAACCUGGCCUUCCCCCUGCUGCUGGUGGCGGGUCUGUUCCUGCUGAGCCGUCAGAGCCAGGGCGGCAUGGGCGGCCCCGGCAACCCCAACAACCCGCUCAACUUCGGCAAGAGCCGCGCCCGCUUCCAGAUGGAGGCCAACACCGGCGUCACCUUCAACGACGUGGCCGGUGUGGACGAGGCCAAGCAGGACUUCAUGGAGAUUGUGGAGUUCCUGAAGCGCCCCGAGCGCUUCACCGCUGUGGGUGCCCGCAUUCCCAAGGGCUGCCUGCUGGUGGGUCCCCCCGGUACCGGUAAGACCCUGCUGGCCAAGGCCAUUGCCGGCGAGGCCGGUGUGCCCUUCUUCUCCGUCUCCGGCUCUGAGUUCGUGGAGAUGUUCGUCGGUGUCGGCGCUUCGCGUGUGCGCGACCUGUUCAAGAAGGCCAAGGAGAACGCCCCCUGCCUGGUGUUCGUGGAUGAGAUUGACGCUGUGGGCCGCUCUCGCGGUACCGGCAUCGGCGGCACCAACGACGAGCGCGAGCAGACUCUGAACCAGAUGCUGACUGAGAUGGAUGGCUUCGAGGGCAACACCGGCAUCAUCGUCAUCGCCGCCACCAACCGCGCUGACAUUCUGGACCCCGCCCUGCUGCGCCCCGGCCGCUUCGACCGCCAGGUGUCUGUGGACCUGCCCGACCAGAAGGGCCGCCUGGAGAUCCUGAAGGUGCACGCGCGCAACAAGAAGGUGGCUGAGGACGUGGACCUGCAGGAGGUGGCCAUGCGCACCCCCGGUUUCGCCGGUGCCAACCUGAUGAACCUGCUCAACGAGGCGGCCAUCCUGGCGGGCCGCCGCGGCCUCAAGGCGAUCACCAACAAGGAGAUCGACGACGCCAUUGACCGCAUCGUGGCUGGCCUGGAGGGCAAGCCGCUGGUGGACGGCAAGGCCAAGGCGCUGGUGGCCUACCACGAGGUCGGCCACGCCAUCUGCGGCACCCUGCAGCCCGGCCACGACCCCGUGCAGAAGGUGACUCUGGUGCCCCGCGGCCAGGCGCGCGGCCUCACCUGGUUCAUCCCUGGUGAGGACCCCACCCUGGUGUCCAAGAGCCAGAUCUUCGCGCGCAUCGUUGGCGCGCUGGGCGGCCGCGCCGCCGAGGAGCUGGUGUUUGGCGAGGACGAGGUGACGUCGGGCGCCGCCAGCGACCUGCAGCAGGUGUCUGGCAUGGCCCGCCAGAUGGUGAUCAACUACGGCAUGUCCAACAUCGGCCCCUGGAGCCUGAUGGACCCCUCGGCCAUGUCGGGCGACAUGAUCAUGCGCAUGAUGAGCCGCAACUCGAUGUCGGAGAGCCUGCAGCAGCGCAUUGACAGCCAGGUGCGCACCAUCGCCGACCAGGCCUACGAGGUGGCGCUGCGGCACAUCGCCGACAACCGUGAGGCCAUCGACCGCAUCGUGGAGGCGCUGAUGGAGAAGGAGACCCUGACCGGCGAUGAGUUCCGCGCCAUGCUGGCCGAGUACACCACCAUCCCCGAGGAGAACGUCAAGGCCGUGGAGGCGCAGCGCAAGGGCGGCGCCGAGCUGGUGGCCGCCGCUACCCGCAUGGAGCUCUAAGCGGCUGCUACCGCUGUGGUGUGGGGUGCCGGCCUUGGGCCUUGGCCUGGCUUGGCGCGGCUAGGCUAGGCAUGGGCUAGGCGUGAGCUCUGCCGGUUAGGAACGCCCCGGACGUUGUUGAGCGGAGCGAUUGACGCGGCGUGUGCACGCGGCGCGUGCAUGGCUGAAAGGUUGCGCCACGCAGCAGCGGCGGGUGCGGCGGGUGGGGAGGCGAGCGGCUAGGCACGUUGCCGUGACGCGUCCUCCCGGCUGCAUGUCCCGGCGCAUGUCACGUGGCUGUUGUUGGGGCCUGCGGUGUUUGUUGUUUUGGGUCCAAGUGUACAUUUUGUUUUGUGGAUGUCCACGCCCCCUAUUCACAUGUAUGUGGUGUUUGUAUGUUCGUAUACGGCCCUGCGGCCCUGACCUUGACCGGAAAAACACAAGUCAUAAUCCUGACGAACCUGACACGAGAGAGUGUGCCGCGCGUGGUGUCACAAUGAAAAGCCUGCAGGGCAUGUUAGAUGAGCAGCAGGGUGUGAAGAGCAGAGAGCCAUAGGUCGGAAGGUGCCUGUGAGUUGGGGCUUGUGUGCCCCCAAAAGGUUAUCCUUAUUCAAUUGCGACCACGCAUGUGUUGAACGUGUGAACGGUGAUUGGGUGUUGCUGGCUCCCUGAUGCGGGAGAUGUGUCGUGCCUGAACACACAAAAUUUAUUCUCCUACAACGCGGAACAUCGGCACGCUGCCCGAUGCAAGUCUGCGCCUGUAACCAGAAAAAAGGGUUC